AUGGCUAACCCAGAGACUAUCGUCGUGAUUGGUGCAGGUGUCAUCGGACUAUCAACUGCCCUCUGCAUCCAGCAACGGCUUUCGCCAUCGCAGUCUGUGCUUCUCGUAGCCAGAGAAUUCCCCUCCGAUGAAUCGAUCGACUACGCAUCACCCUGGGCUGGCGCACAUUAUCGACCCGUGCCAGGCUCAUCUCCACAGGUCCUUAGAGAAGCAAACCAAGCAGAGCGAACAUAUGAGUACCUCAAACGAGUGGCGGCCGAUGAGCCGGCCGCCGGGAUCAAGUUCGUGAAAGGCGUCGAGCACCUCGAAGCACCGCCUGCAGAAUACUCCGAUCCCCAGAGUUUGCGCAACGUUUACGCCAGUAUGGAUGGUUUUCGACGCUUGACAAGGGAUGAGCUGCCUGUGGGUGUGAAAUGGGGUGUCGAAUACGGGACAUGGGUGAUUAACUCCCCAGUAUACUGCGCGCAUAUGCUGCGUAAAUUUAUUGUCAAGGGUGGUCAGACGAAACAGUAUAAACUCGCCAACGUGAAGGAAGCCUUUUCGCUCGCGCAAAAUAUAAGAACGGUGGUUAAUUGCUCCGGACUGGGAUUCGAAGACCCUGAAUCUUUCAUCAUCAGAGGCCAAACAUGUCUAGUACGCAACCCCGUCUCUGCAACAAUUACUCGCCAGAACACAGACGGUUCCUGGUCCUUCUGUAUCCCUCGCCCGCUAGAUGGGGGAACCAUCAUUGGAGGUACCAAGCAACCCCAUGAGUGGGACCCCAAUCCUUCCCUCGAUAUCAGGGCCCGACUUCUUGCCAACGCAAGUAAAUGGUUCCCUUUUGCCCCGGAAAGCGGAGGUCAGUUCGACGUGAUUCGUGACAUCGUGGGACGCCGACCUGCUCGCCAAGGCGGGAUGCGAAUGGAGGUGGAAAAGUUGGCCGAUGGGAAGAAAAUAGUUCAUGCGUAUGGGGCUGGCGGGCGGGGAUUUGAGAUCUCUUGGGGUGUUGCGGAGGAGAUACAGCAGGGCUGA